AUGGGUCAUACUUUCCAUACCCUAGAUAUGCCACUGUGGAUUAUUGUGCCCUACAUCCCAGGUGUCAUUCAUGUAAUUGGUCCUACUUUCAAUACCUUAGGUAUGCCACUUUGGAUCAUUUUGCCUUACAUCCCAGGUGUCAUUCAUGUAAUUGGUCCUACUUUCCAUACCCAAGAUAUGCUACUUUGGAUCAUUGUGCCUUACAUCCCAGGUGUCAUUCAUGUAAUUGGUCCUACUUUCCAUACCCAAGAUAUGCCACUUUGGAUCAUUGUGCCCUACAUCCCAGGUGUCAUUCAUGUAAUUGGUCCUACUUUCCAUACCCAAGAUAUGCCACUUUGGAUCAUUGUGCCUUGGAUCAUCCCAGGUGUCAUUCAUGUAAUUGGUCCUACUUUCCAUACCCAAGAUAUGCCACUUUGGAUCAUUGUGCCUUACAUCCCAGGUGUCAUUCAUGUAAUUGGUCCUACUUUCCAUACCCAAGAUAUGCUACUUUGGAUCAUUGUGCCUUACAUCCCAGGUCUCAUUCAUGUAAUUGGUCCUACUUUCCAUACCCAAGAUAUGCCACUUUGGAUCAUUGUGCCCUACAUCCCAGGUGUCAUUCAUGUAAUGGGUCCUACUUUCCAUACCCAAGAUAUGCCACUUUGGAUCAUUGUGCCUUACAUCCCAGGUGUCAUUCAUGUAAUUGGUCCUACUUUCCAUACCCAAGAUAUGCCACUUUGGAUCAUUGUGCCCUACAUCCCAGGUGUCAUUCAUGUAAUGGGUCCUACUUUCCAUACCCUAGAUAUGCCACUGUGGAUCAUUGUGCCCCACAUCCCAGGUGUCAUUCAUGUAAUUGGUCCUACUUUCCAUACCCUAGGUAUGCCACUUUGGAUCAUUGUGCCUUACAUCCCAGGUGUCAUUCAUGUAAUGGGUCCUACUUUCCAUACCCAAGAUAUGCCACUGUGGAUCAUUGUGCCUUACAUCCCAGGUGUCAUUCAUGUAAUUGGUCCUACUUUCCAUACCCAAGAUAUCCCACUUUGGAUCAUUGUGCCCUACAUCCCAGGUGUCAUUCAUGUAAUGUGUCCUACUUUCCAUACCCAAGAUAUGCCACUGUGGAUCAUUGUGCCCUACAUCCCAGGUGUCAUUCAUGUAAUUGGUCCUACUUUCCAUACCCAAGGUAUGCCACUUUGGAUCAUUGUGCCCUACAUCCCAGGUGUCAUUCAUGUAAUGGGUCCUACUUUCCAUACCCAAGAUAUGCCACUUUGGAUCAUUGUGCCCUACAUCCCAGGUGUCAUUCAUGUAAUGGGUCCUACUUUCCAUACCCAAAAUAUGCCACUUUGGAUCAUUGUGCCCUACAUCCCAGGUGUCAUUCAUGUAAUGGGUCCUACUUUCCAUACCCAAGAUAUGCCACUGUGGAUCAUUGUGCCCUACAUCCCAGGUGUCAUUCAUGUAAUUGGUCCUACUUUCCAUACCCAAGGUAUGCCACUUUGGAUCAUUGUGCCUUCACAUCCCAGGUGUCAUUCAUGUAUUCAUGGGCCUACUUUCCAUACCCAAGAUAUGCCACUGUGGAUCAUUGUGCCCUACAUCCCAGGUGUCAUUCAUGUAAUUGGUCCUACUUUCCAUACCCAAGAUAUGCUACUUUGGAUCAUUGUGCCUUACAUCCCAGGUCUCAUUCAUGUAAUUGGUCCUACUUUCCAUACCCAAGAUAUGCCACUUUUGGAUCAUUGUGCCCUGUCACAUCCCAGGUGUCAUUCAUGUAAUUGGUCCUACUUUCCAUACCCAAGAUAUGCCACUUUGGAUCAUUGUGCCAUCCCAGGUGUCAUUCAUGUAAUUGGUCCUACUUUCCAUACCCAAGAUAUGCCACUUUGGAUCAUUGUGCCCUACAUCCCAGGUGUCAUUCAUGUAAUGGGUCCUACUUUCCAUACCCAAGAUAUGCCACUUUGGAUCAUUGUGCCUUACAUCCCAGGUGUCAUUCAUGUAAUUGGUUCUACAUUUCCAUACCCUAGGUAUGCCACUUUGGAUCAUUGUGCCUUACAUCCCAGGUGUCAUUCAUGUAAUGGGUCCUACUUUCCAUACCCAAGAUAUGCCACUGUGGAUCAUUGUGCCUUACAUCCCAGGUGUCAUUCAUGUGUCAUUCAUGUAAUGUGUCCUACUUUCCAUACCCAAGAUAUGCCACUGUGGAUCAUUGUGCCCUACAUCCCAGGUGUCAUUCAUGUAAUUGGUCCUACUUUCCAUACCCAAGGUGUCAUUCAUGUAAUGGGUCCUACUUUCCAUACCCAAAAUAUGCCACUUUGGAUCAUUGUGCCCUACAUCCCAGGUGUCAUUCAUGUAAUGGGUCCUACUUUCCAUACCCAAGAUAUGCCACUGUGGAUCAUUGUGCCCUACAUCCCAGGUGUCAUUCAUGUAAUUGGUCCUACUUUCCAUACCCAAGGUAUGCCACUUUGGAUCAUUGUGCCUUACAUCCCAGGUGUCAUUCAUGUAAUGGGUCCUACUUUCCAUACCCAAGAUAUGCCACUGUGGAUCAUUGUGCCCUACAUCCCAGGUGUCAUUCAUGUAAUUGGUCCUACUUUCCAUACCCAAGAUAUGCUACUUUGGAUCAUUGUGUCUUACAUCCCAGGUCUCAUUCAUGUAAUUGGUCCUACUUUCCAUACCCAAGAUAUGCCACUUUGGAUCAUUGUGCCCUACAUCCCAGGUGUCAUUCAUGUAAUUGGUCCUACUUUCCAUACCCAAGAUAUGCCACUUUGGAUCAUUGUGCCCUACAUCCCAGGUGUCAUUCAUGUAAUUGGUCCUACUUUCCAUACCCAAGAUAUGCCACUUUGGAUCAUUGCGCCUUACAUCCCAGGUGUCAUUCAUGUAAUUGGUCCUACUUUCCAUACCCAAGAUAUGCCACUUUGGAUCAUUGUGCCCCUACAUCCCAGGUGUCAUUCAUGUUUCAUUCAUGUAACGGGUCCUACUUUCCAUACCCAAGAUAUGCCACUUUGGAUCAUUUUGCCUUACAUCCCAGGUGUCAUUCAUGUAAUUGGUCCUACAUUCCAUACCCAAGAUAUGCCACUUUGGAUCAUUGUGCCCUACAUCCCAAGUGUCAUUCAUGUAAUGGGUCCUACUUUCCAUACCCUAGGUGUCAUUCAUGUAAUGGGUCCUACUUUCCAUACGCUAGGUAUGCCACUUUGGAUCAUUGUGCCUUACAUCCCAGGUGUCAUUCAUGUAAUUGGUCCUACUUUCCAUACCCAAGAUAUGCCACUGUGGAUCAUUGUGCCCCUACAUCCCAGGUGUCAUUCAUGUAAUUGGUCCUACUUUCCAUACCCAAGAUAUGCCACUGUGGAUCAUUGUGCCCUACAUCCCAGGUGUCAUUCAUGUAAUUGGUCCUACUUUCCAUACCCAAGAUAUGCCACUGUGGAUCAUUGUGCCCUACAUCCCAGGUGUCAUUCAUGUAAUUGGUCCUACUUUCCAUACCCAAGAUAUGCCACUGUGGAUCAUUGUGCCCUACAUCCCAGGUGUCAUUCAUGUAAUGUGUCCUACUUUCCAUACCCAAGAUAUGCCACUGUGAAUCAUUGUGCCCUACAUCCCAGGUGUCAUUCAUGUAAUUGGUCCUACUUUCCAUACCCAAGAUAUGCCACUUUGGAUCAUUGUGCCCUACAUCCCAGGUGUCAUUCAUGUAAUGGGUCCUACUUUCCAUACCCAAGAUAUGCCACUGUGGAUCAUUGUGCCCUACAUCCCAGGUGUCAUUCAUGUAAUUGGUCCUACUUUCCAUACCCAAGGUAUGCCACUUUGAUCAUUGUGCCCUACAUCCCAGGGGUCAUUCAUGUAAUUGGUCCUACUUUCCAUACCCUAGGUAUGCCACUGUGGAUCAUUUUGCCCUACAUCCCAGGGGUCAUUCAUGUAAUGGGUCCUACUUUCCAUACCCAAGAUAUGCCACUGUGGAUCAUUGUGCCCUACAUCCCAGGUGUCAUUCAUGUAAUGUGUCCUACUUUCCAUACCCAAGAUAUGCCACUGUGGAUCAUUGUGCCCCUACAUCCCAGGUGUCAUUCAUGUAAUUGGUCCUACUUUCCAUACCCAAGGUAUGCCACUUUGGAUCAUUGUGCCCUACAUCCCAGGUGUCAUUCAUGUAAUGGGUCCUACUUUCCAUACCCAAGAUAUGCCACUGUGGAUCAUUGUGCCCUACAUCCCAGGUGUCAUUCAUGUAAUUGGUCCUACUUUCCAUACCCAAGGUAUGCCACUUUGGAUCAUUGUGCCCUACAUCCCAGGGGUCAUUCAUGUAAUUGGUCCUACUUUCCAUACCCUAGGUAUGCCACUGUGGAUCAUUUGCCCUACAUCCCAGGGGUCAUUCAUGUAAUGGGUCCUACUUUCCAUACCCAAGAUAUGCCACUGUGGAUCAUUGUGCCCUACAUCCCAGGUGUCAUUCAUGUAAUGUGUCCUACUUUCCAUACCCAAGAUAUGCCACUGUGGAUCAUUGUGCCCUACAUCCCAGUUGUCAUUCAUGUAAUUGGUCCUACUUUCCAUACCCAAGGUAUGCCACUUUGGAUCAUUGUGCCCUACAUCCCAGGUGUCAUUCAUGUAAUGGGUCCUACUUUCCAUACCCAAGAUAUGCCACUGGGAUCAUUGUGCCCUACAUCCCAGGUGUCAUUCAUGUAA